AUGGGCGUAGUGGGUUUGGGUGGCGAAUACAAUCGUCCCGAUUCGGGGAAUUCAGAAUACGGCUUCCGACCGAAACUGGAAUUACCUUGCCACAAAGCGAUUUUAAGCGCGCGAUCGCCUUUCUUUCGUAAUCUCAUAGCUAGACGAACACGUAAUAUGGAUGCUGAAUAUGCAGAGCGUGCUCUGCAUGUGCCGACGCGUAUUGUGUUGGAUGAAACCGUGAUACCAAAACGUUAUGCUCGUGUUCUUUUACAUGCCAUUUACUUGGAUACCGUAGACUUAACAUUAAUUUUAAGGGGAGCAAAUUCGGGAACAGCAGCGGCUGGUUCGCUGGGUGAAGUUCAUGCCUUGACGGCGGGUCGAACACGACCAACACCGCUCGAGGAAGCCAUGGAACUAUAUCAAAUUGGUAGAUUUUUAGAAUUGGAUAUUUUAGCACAAGGUUGCGAGGAUCUCAUAUUGGAGUGGCUGACCUUAGACACUCUGCCAACGGUGCUCAAGUGGGGGAGUCAGCCCCACGGUUCUGCGUGGGUUUUCCGCCAAGCUUGCCAAUAUUUACGCGAAGAAUUCUCUGCAGUCAUCUCAUCACCUGUUUUGCAUCAACUCGAUAAAUCGCAACUUAUACACGUUUUGCAAUCGAAUUUUUUACAAGCUUCCGAAUUGGAAGUUCUACAGGCUGUACUCAAAUGGGGAGAACAGGAGCUCAUACGGCGCAUGGAAGAUCGAGAACCGAAUCUUUUAUCGCACACUGCCCAUUCGGUAACAAGAAAAGGUGUCAAGAAACGCGAUCUAAGUGAUGUGGAACUAAGAGAAAUACUCUCAGACCUUUUGCCAUUAGUGAGAAUGGAUCAUGUCUUACCGCCUAAUAGUGAAGUUUUGGCCCAGGCAAUACGCCGUGGCCUAGUGAGUACACCGCCCUCGCAUAUGAUUGGCGAUGAACGUGAGAAUUUACGUAUCAAUGCUUGGAUUAGGGGAGGAAAAAAUCAAGGUCUAUUUGUGAGGCCUCGCCUAUUUAUGCCAUACUUUGAAGAGGUUAAGGCAUUGUUAGAAGAUCGCAUGACUUCAUCACAUCAUCAAGCUGAGCUAAUGAGAAUGCGUCGUUCUCGACAAAUGCCCGACAUACCCGAUACUUUGUAUAUGGUUUCUAGAAUGAAUGCCGCCUCGAAUAGUGGUGUAGGUAAUACGGGUGUGGGCUCUGGUACCGAUACUGUAGAUAUCUUAGCUGCUGCCGCUGCUAUACCCCCACCCGAUACACAAACCUUGGCUGCUAUGCUGAAGCGCGAACACAAACUGCGGCAAUCACCCAUGUGCCAGAGGGCUUUACAUCUGCCUCUUUCGUCCAAACAUGAAAUCGAUAGACAAAUACGUCUGCGUGUGGUAAGAGAGUUUAAUCUACCCGAUGCUGUGUCGGAUCUACUAGAGACAUCACUACUUAGCAAUACCCGCAAUGUUCAAGAUGAAGUACAAAAUAUGGCCGACUCCACGACCACGGUGCAGUCCGUCGACGACUGUUGUCUGCUAGAGGAUGAUGAUCAAUCGCCACCACCCUCACCGGCAGCAGCCUCGGCCGGUUCAGUGCCUAGACACUCGGCCAUGGGUGCUAGUUAUCUAUCGUCUUCGGUGGGCUCGAAUGCGGGCUCAACAUCAUGUGGUGCUGCUUCAACAUCGGCGGCCGAUGGUCUGCCUGCCUGUUAUACCAGAAAUUUAACAUUCCCCCGUCAACAUGCCGCCGGUUUGUUGGGUUUAGGUUUUGGUUCUGGCGUGGGCAUGGGCUCGGGACUGCCUCAUAAUUUUGCUAGACUUUCGGCGUCAGCACAUCAUCGCAAUGAUUUGCCCGCCCUUAUAACCGAAGGUGAUUAUCGGGGUUUUGCUCAUGGCAGUGCUUUAGGGCUGGAUAUGGGCGGUGCUGAGGGUGGUGCUAUGGGUUGUUCGGAUGGCCCUAAUGCUGGUCAUUUAUCAGAUAUGAUGCCUGAUGUUGCUAUGGCCACGGCUUCGUUGGGACAGCUACAUUUAGCGAAUGCUAGUAGUUCUGCUAGUAGUACGAAUGAUAUGCCUGAGUCUUUGCAAUUGGAUUUGGGUGAUGGUUCGAGUCAUAUGAUGGGUGCUGGCGGAGGAGGUGGGGGAGGAGCCGCAGCGGGACCAAUGGGAGGUUUGCGGGGAUUACAGCAUCAAUUACCUCCUAAUAAUUAUCAUCAUUUUAUGCAACGUUCAAAUUCACCCUUUGAUGUACUGCGUCAGGGACAACAUUCACCGGCACCUGCAGCACAACAACAUCCACCACCUGGGACGUACAAUACAGGACCACCACGUUUCUUAUAGAGUUUGCGUGUGGCCCCCGAUGAGGGCCUUUAUUUUAGCAUGCCCUUUUAAUUAAAACAACAAAACCAACCUACAAAAAAGUGAACAAAAAACUAAAACCAGCACAAAAAACCAAAAAAAAAAAAAUA